GAAGGAGGAGGGAGAAUGUUCGUCUCUCUUACUGGAUCAAGAAUGUAAGCUUAAUUUUAAACAGUUAGAGCAAUUCCUUCUUUUGAAUAUUCUAUUGUCAGGACAUACGAUGAAAGACAUUCUUGGGAAUAACUUGACUAAAGUUUCUGCUAGGAUGAACAAAAAAAAUGGCCGUCGUCCGUGGACAUUUGAGUCAGACCAGCACACCUAAACACACCUGGUGAUGCAGCGCCUCCCACACAGCCCACAUCCCACAGGGAACAGAGAUGGUGACGCUUAAAGAGCUGCUUUUGGAAACACUGGAAGAUUUGGACAAAGAAGACUUCAAAUCUUUCAAGUGGCACCUGAUUGUUGUCGAGGAUGGUUUCUCCCCUAUCAAAAGGUCCCUCCUAGAGGACAAAGACAGGCAUGACACAGUGAAUGUGAUAGUGCAGAAAUACAACCAACAGGCUGUGGAGGUGGCCGAGAAGAUUUUACGGAAGAUUGACAGGAAUGAUCUGGCACAGCAUUUGUCAAGGAGAAGCUUAGAAGUAAAAGGAGAUGUUGUGGAGACUACAGCGGACCAAGGAGCUUCCCCCAUUCCACCACAAGCUUCUCUUCUGUGCCCUCCCACUGACAGCAGUCAACCUAUAGUCGAGGAGAUUCCAGUGCUGGAGCCUCAUCAACAGAUCAUACAAUACCAACGGAAAAUCCAAUCUUACCUCCUGAACGAGUUUACAUGUGCUCAAGAGGGCAUGACCGACAAGAUGGAUCAGCAGUGUCUGGAUGACAUCUUCACAGAGAUGUUUAUCACAGCAGGGGGGGAACUACACAUCAAUGAACAGCAUGAGGUCAUGCAGAUCGAAAUAAAAGGGAGGGUAGCAGGGACAGAGACACCAAUUGAACCAAGUAACAUAUUCAUAAGUGCUACUGGAAACCACAAGCCCAUAAGAAUGGUGCUGACGACUGGAGUUGCAGGAAUUGGCAAAACAUUCCUUGUGCGAAAGUUUGUGUUGGACUGGGCCAAGAGAAGAACGAAUCAAGAUGUGCACCUUAUAUUCCACUUCACCUUCCGUAAACUGAAUUUGCUGAAGGGAGAAAAGUUUCGUUUGGCAGAGUUAAUCCACACAUGUAUCAGGGAAACCAAAGACAUCCCGAAGCAGGAACUUGAUGUCAUCUUUACAAAACUACAGGCAUCAGGAAACUGUGAUUUUAACGAGAGUGAAUUCAAACUUCUGUUUGUGUUUGAUGGACUGGAUGAAAGCCGCCUUCAGCUGGAUUUUACCUGCAGUGAACAGCUGCAAACUGACUUUGAUGUGACACAGUCAACCUCAGUGGAUGGGCUGCUGACAGCCCUCAUUGAGGGGAGACUGCUUCCCUCAGCUCGCGUCUGGAUAACUACACGGCCUGCAGCAGCAAAUCAGAUCCCUCGAGACUUUGUUGACUGCAUGACAGUGGUGAGAGGAUUCACUGAUCCACAGAAGGUGGAGUACUUCAGGAAGAGAUUCCCAGAUGAAGAGCAAGCCAGCAGAAUCAUCUGCCACAUUAAGGCAUCACGAAGCAUCUUCAUUAUGUGCCACAUCCCAGUCUUCUGCUGGAUCACCGCUACAGUUCUCAAGGGUGUUUUGAAGACCAGAACACAAGCAGAGCUGCCCAAAACCCUGACUGAGAUGUACACAGAAUUCCUGGUGUAUCAGAUCAAACAGACAGGAGACAGAUGUGGCACAAAAAAGAGCAUUCAGUACAUCCAUUCAUUGGCAAAACUAGCUUUUCGACAGCUGGAGAAAGGCAACCUGAUCUUCUAUGAAAAAGAUCUGAAAGACAGUGGCAUUAAUAUCCGUAAAGCCGCACAGUACUCUGGAGUUUUCACAGAAGUCUUCAAAGAAGAGCAUAAGUGGAGGGACAACGACAAGGGUAGAAUGUUCAGCUUUGUCCAUCUGAGCAUUCAGGAGUAUCUGGCUGCUCUUUAUGUGGUCAUGUCGCUCAUUAACAACAACAAGAAUGUACUGUCUGAGCCAGAGCUAACACUGGACAGUCUUUGGAUGAUUUGCAAGAGGAAAUGCAUCACAGAAGUCCACGAGAUUGCAAUUGACAAAGCCUUGAAGAGUUCAAAUGGGCACCUGGACUUGUUUCUACGCUUCCUCCUGGGACUCUCCCUGCAGACCAAUCAGGAUCUCCUCAAGCGCCUGUUAAAGAUGACAAAAGGAUUCUCUCAGACCAACCACAAAACAAUCCAGUCCAUCAAGGAAAGGAUCAGGGAGAAUACAUCUCCAGAGAGGAGCAUCAAUCUGUUCUACUGUCUGAAUGAGCUGAGAGAUGAUUCUCUAGAGGAGGAGAUCCAACAGUACCUGAGCUCAGGAAGGCUUUCAACAAAGAAUCUCUCUCCUGCUCUCUGGUCAGCUCUGGUCUUUAUCUUGCUUUCUUCUGAAGAAGCGCUGGAGGUGUUUGACCUGAAGAAAUACUCUGCAUCAGAGGAGGGUCUACUGCGGCUGUUGCCAGUGGUUAAGGCCUCCAACAAGUCGCUGCUAAGCGGCUGUAAAUUGUCAGAGAACAGCUGUGAAGCUCUGGCCUCCGUCCUUAGCUCUCAAUCUUCCAAACUGACAGAGCUGGACCUGAGUGACAAUGACCUGCAUGAUUCAGGAGUGAAGCUUCUCUCUGCCGGACUGGAGAGUCCACAUUGUGUCCUGCAAACUCUCAAACUGUCAGGCUGUAUGAUCACAAAGGAAGGCUGUGCUUCUCUUGCCUCAGCUCUGAAGUCCAACCCCUCCCACCUGAGAGAGCUGGACCUGAGCUACAAUCAUCCAGGAAAAUCGGGAGGGAAGCUACUGAAUGCUGGACUAAAGAAUCCAGAUUGGAGACUGGAAACUCUCAACCUCGACCAUGGUGGAGAGCAAAGACUGAAAACUGGUCUGAAGAAAUACUUCUGUGAACUCACACUGGAUCAAAACACAGCACACAGAAACCUCCAGCUGUCCGACAACUCCACAAAGGCGACGACCAUUGAAGAGGAGCAGCGGCGGUGUCACGACCCAAAUAGAUUUGACUGCUGGCUCCAGGUGAUGUGUGGCACUGGUCUGACUGGUCGCUGUUACUGGGAGGUCGAGUGGGAAGGCAAGGUUUAUAUAGCAGUGACAUAUGAAGGAAUAAGGCGGAAAGGAGAGGGAGCUGACGGCUGUCUUGGAGCCAAUGAUCAAUCAUGGAUGCUGCUCUGUGACGAUGAUGGAAGUUACUCUGUCCGGCAUGAAGACAGAUCUACACCUAUUCGUCCCCCGCCGUCUUUGGCGUCAAACAGAGUUGCAGUGUUUCUGGACUAUUGUGCUGGCACUCUGACCUUCUCCAAAGUGACCUCUGACACACUGAUCCCCCUCCACACCUUCCACUCCACAUUCACUGAGCCUCUUUACCCUGCGUUUGGCUUUGGCUUUGGGAAUGGAUUUGGAAGCUUCGGUUCCUCAGUGUCCUUAUGCGAGUUGGAAGACAGCGCCUCCUGCUGUUGAGGGAAGACAGUCACUCACUCACUCUGUACAGGAUCACAAACAAUGAUUUUCAAUGCACUUACAGAAACUAUUUUGGUAGACUUGGUUUCAGGUAUGAUGGAAAACCCGUCCAAACCAGAAAAUAAAUUGUAGUCUCGUUCUUAUGGGCAAGCCCUCUUAUGUGUCAUGUGUCAAGAUUAAGAUUCAAGAUGAACUUUAUUGUCCCACAUCGUGGGAAAUUUGUCUUGGGCACUUAACCCAUGCUACAGCCAUAGUCUAACAAACAAACACAGACAGCAUGUACAAACAGCAGAUACUGUACAAUACCAUACAACAGACCGUACUAUGGUCCUGAUGGUGUCUAAAACCCAACAUGGUGUCAUGCAAUGCAAUAGUUAAACAUUACUCUAAAUAAUAUAAAUGAAAGAAAUUAAUAUUUGCACAUCAACAAUGUAUUCAUUAGAAAAAUCUAUAAAAAUACGGAUGUCAACAAAUCCACUUACAGCGAUGAAGGCCACGUGAUACGUUUAAAAGCUCCAGACAAAGCUUAUCAGUGGACAUUGAGUUGACUUUUAAAUGAAUGACUGUUUCCGAUGUCAACAAUGAACUUCACAAGUGUUAGCGAUUAAGCCAACAAGGAUGAAAAGUUCUUAAAUAUGUCAUGGGUGAAAUCAUAACAGCUACAGAGCUUGCAACUGAGAGAAGUCCAUCUGCUGAUGAAGACUAGCAUGUCCACUCCGCUCUGCAUCGACCAAUGUGCUUGCUGUUUUUAUUAAUAUAUUUUUUUAAACAAAUACAAUUAUAAUAAACCGAUGUCUGCAGCUCAACUUGUGACCUUUGAGAUAAAAUGUGUUGAAUUAUGUGGUGAAACUCUGCUUCUUGUUCAAUACGAAUGUAUCUUAUGGACCAAAGUGAUGACGAUUUUGAAACUCAGCCGCUCUUUGUGGUUAGGUUAAGCCCUAAAAGGGGGGAUGAAGGGGGGCUUCCAUAAUACUAGUUCUGGAGGCCUGGGUAAUACAGCUCGAUUUCAGCUGGGAGACCUGAUUAUUUGUGCGUGUAAACCUUUACCGGGUUUAAAAAGGCUUUAUUAAAUGUGUGAAAGCCUCAUGCACAUUUACUUUGCUGCUGAAGCCACAGCUGCCACACACACACACACACACACACACACACACACACACACACACACACACAGCCUGCGCUAGUAAUCCAAACUACAGAGAGCUACUGGUGUGUGUCUGUCUUAUUACCUGUGUCUAUUUGUGUGUGUAUGUGUGUGUGUGUGUGUGUCAGAGUGUGUGUGUGUGAGCUCUAGGGUAAAUAGCGUCUAAUUUGUACUGUGACUCUGCUGCCUUCAAUUCUAUUUUCUCUCAAUGUCACACACUGUGUGUGUGUGUGUGUGUGUGUGUGUGUGUGUGUGUGUCUGUGUGUGUCUGUGUGCGUGCGUGCAUGCAGUGUGUGUUCAGGGUUUCAUGUCAGGUUAUAAUCCUGUCAGGCUCAGAAAACCUGAACUGACACGAACAAGCGUGAGAGGAAUGAAUGGCAGACUCUCUCUCUCUGGGGUGCCAUGGUAACAGGCAUUUCUCUGCCACCACGGCUGCAGGUUGGAAACCGGCUGCCUCUGUGCUUAUGAGCAAAAGACACUAAGAAAGAGUACACAGCUUUAGAAAUGACAAAGCAUGAAUGCUGCAUAAUAAAACUGCAAAAAUAUCAAAAGAAAAAGUAAAACAGACCAAGUAUGUAAAAGCAGAACCUAAAACUGACAUAAAUAUCAAAUUAAGGACUAAAACUGACAGAAACAUCAAACUAAACACCAUAAAAGCCCAAAAAGUACAAAAUGAAAAAAAUAAAAGGAAGAGACCAAGAGAAAGGAAAUGUAAUCACAGACGCUCUCUCUGUCUCUAAUGACUAGUUUCAGUCUUGUCUUGUCAAAAAGGUUUGUGAGACACAAUAUGCAAACGUGCUAUUCUCCUGCUGUCACGCUGCAGUCAGCCUCUGCAUAUGUGUGUGUAUAUAUCUGUGUGUGUAUACACGUGUGACAGAUAUUACCAUAUCAAUGGUUUCCUGCUGAUAGCUUCCUUCCAUGGCUUCUCUUUCCCUUUCUGUUGGGAUGUAAUUGUGGCUGAUUAUCAUAGGCACACUGUUAUCCACACACACACACACACA